AGACACAUGUCACACAGCAUACAGGGGUAUGGUUCAGAAUGACACAGACGAGAAGCGCAUGAUCAGUGCAAUGUGGGCUAAGGACGAAGACAUCAGCAGGUUUCUCAGAUCUUUGCCAAGCUGGCAGGUACUCCAGCCAAUGGAGGGCCAGGAUCUGAACCAGGCGAUGUGUUCAGAGGAGGAGAUGAGGACGCUCAACUCUAAGGAGGUCAACAUCCUCAUCAGCAACCUAUCCUCAUCAGACUCCAUGAUUCCCCAGCAGGAGAUCAUCACCGACUCUACACAGAUGAGGACCAUCGCCAACUAUCAUCAAAGUCUAGAGUGGUUCACAGGUAGACUGGGACAAUUCGCCCAAUCACUGUCGUCCAAGUCUGACAGGCAGGGUUCACAGAAAUCAUCAAAAUAUCCUCCAGUAUCUCACAAAGCCUUAGAGUCACUAAACACAUUGGAGAAAGAUUUCCAGGAUCUAGCUGAAAUCUGUCUGCUUCUGUUACACUUAGAGGUCAGAGUUCAUUGCUUCUACUACCUGGAAUUGGUCGCGAGAAAGUCCAACUAUGCAGGACCGAUAGAUGACCUUGACCCUGACUCCAAUGUGUUGAAGUUGAACAAAGAUCUGACCGCUAUGGAGGAAAUGUUGUCACAGAGCCUGCAGCCCAAUAAAUUUAAGUAUAUAUUUGAAGGGCUUGGGUUCUUGGUGGCUUCAAUAUUGAUGAACAGCAUACAGUUUUUACCCAAGAUCAAUGAGAACGGCAUAAAAAAGAUGUGUAGAAAUUUGUUUGCGAUCCAACAAAAUUUGACCAACAUUUCCAUGUCCCGAGAAACUGACCUGGACAUGGCUCGCCAAUACUAUGAACUCCUCUACCUUAACCCAGACGACAUCCUGACGGCCAUAGCUGAGAAGGGAGCACAAUUUACUUAUACCGAGUACUGUCAACUUAUCCAGCUGUACCACCGGAGCCACCCAGGAGGAGACCCCAACCAGCUGGACAAACGCAUGCAAAGGCUGCGCGAGAUUAUAGAGAAAGGACAGAAUGGAGUGGCCUGAAAACGGCCAUCUUGAGUGAAACGUUGUUUAUAAUGUUUUUAAAAUAAUAGCAAGAUUAGCUGCCCGCACCAUUAGAACGUAAAAUUACAAAUUAUUGUGUGAAGGUGUAAAACCAUGGUGGCAGUUUCUCAUUAUAAGUCUGUGCCAGGGAUCUCUGUCCUUGAUAAGGGGUCAAAUAACUAGGAGACUUACUCCCAGUUUGGACCAAACAGCUAGUCAAGAUACACCUGUCUUCUGUAAAAUCUGUUUCCAAGAAUGUAGAUGAAGGACAAAGGUGGUUUUCGAAGGCAAAAAUAAGAGAAAGUGAAAGUCUUUGUUGUCAAGAAAAUACAAAUAAUUGUGGCAUCUAUAGACCGAGUGUGUUGAUGUAAAAAUUCCAGGAAGUACACAUCGAAUUAGACUUAUUGGGACACUUCUGUCAUACAUAACUAGUGGAAAUAACAAAAAGAACAAAUGAGAUUCUUCUCUCUCUAUUACCACAUCCGAAUUUGUAUGAACUUUACCACUUUUAUUGCCAGAAUAUUUAAAUAAAAUUCUUGUCAUAUUCUGUGUGAAUCAAUUCCUAGGAUUUCUGAAAAUCGAUGAAAACUCACUGCAUGUUUAAAGCCAGCAUUAAGCAAUUUGAGUAUAUUGAUAUCACCAAAAACACAUUUUUCAAAGAUAUUUAUGUUUGUGGUAGAUAACACUUUAAAUCCAUUCCAAUUUUUAUUCUAGAAAUUAGUUGUGACCUUCAAAACUAAGGUUUCAAAGUUUUGAGAUUGCUGUCAUAGAAAACUGUGUUUGAUGUAUAAGGAUUUGUUGCUAUCACUUCCACAAAGCCUUUGAACAAACAAAAAUCACUAUGUAAUUUGCAGGUGGAAUAUAUGUACCUAGUUUAGUAAAAGAUUAAAAUGUUAUGUAGAAGAUUUCUCCACAGAUCCUUAACUGAUACUAAUAAUAGGCCUAUCAAUUGUCUUGCCAUCCCUGUAUGUCAAUCGUACCAUCAAUCAAUUAUGAUAAAUUGAUGUAGGAAACACAUUUUCACAAUUUCUCAUCUAAGGGAAGUAACUCUGCUGCUACUACUGAUGGUUGUGAGGCAAAAAUUGAUGGACCAACAUGAGAUGUGAUGCCAGACGAUAAAACAGUGUUCCUGUUAACUGCUGUUUAGAUUUUUAUGUACCCUUCAAAUUUUGACAUGCAUAUGAUGGUAUACCUUCUGCAUCUGUCUGUCAGUCUAUCAUUGAUUGGUUAAAUUUUCAUGGUAAGUUUCUUUGGUGCUCUACAAUUAAACCAGAUGAUAUAUUAUUGUCCCAAGUUUUGGCAUGAAUGUUAUUGUGGGGUAAAACACUGAUCAUGUGGAUUUAAUUUGUAAAAAUAUUUUACAUUUUUUUUACAUGUUUGGGACUUCAUUUUUUUGAGAUAAUUUUUUCAGUGAAAGAUUUGAAUUGGGUCAGACAGUCAUUUAAUUCAUCCAUUUGCAGUGCGCUUGUUUUUUCAUGUAUUUGUGUUUUAAAGCAGGCAUUGUUAACUUUAAAACCUAAGUCAUUGAUGGCUUUGCAUGUAGUGCUUAUCAUGAACGAAAUUGAAAAUACAGAAUAAACUUUCCCGAUACAGUAUUAAUGUUAACAGAUAUAACGUGCAUCUUCUUUAAAUGCCACUGUUUAUGCUUCUUCAGCACUUCAGUAAGAAAACUUACAUAAAUGUACUGUUAAGUCCAAAUUUAUCUGCAUUGUUUAAUGAUGUUAUGUAUUUUGUAUCCUGGGCCUGGGUUCAUGAAUAUUUUGUAACAUUAGGAAAUUCCUGUUGUUUUAGCAUUGUACUGUAACUUUCAUUGUGAAAGAAUUUUCUUGAACUCCAGUGCUAUCAAACGGGAAAACUAAAUGUUAAGGAAUAUUCAUUAAACUAAGGCCUGAUGCUUUAAGUGCAAUAUUUGAUAUCGAGACAUACCGUAUGACUGAGUCAGUAUGUUUUUUGUGAUAUGCGAGAUUUUAUUAUUUAUAUGAACAUGUUUUUGUCUGAAUAAAUUAAUGUGAAAGUGACA